CCCUCCCCCUGUAAUGUAAUGCUCCGUUGUUGCUGGGCUGGCCCAGGCACUGAGCGGGAGCCGGGAGGGUCUGGGCACAGACGGAGCAGCAGCCAUGGCCUUUGUGUACACUGCUAUCAGGGUGCUUUUGGGGCUUUUCUUUGCACUCAGCGGAGUGAUCAAACUGACUGAUCAGAUCUCAGCAGAGGUGUACCAGACGAUGAAGUCCAAAUUUGUGCAUUAUGCUGAUGUGUUCCCUCUUAAAGACUUUGGUUUCAAGCCCGAUCCUGACCAAUACAUGCUGGCAGUAGGAUGGGUGGAGUUAGUGGCUGGAAUACUGCUGGCUGUCGGUCCUCAGAUUCUGCAAGAGAUUAGUAACUUCGUGCUGAGUAUAAUAAUGAUUGGUGCAAUCUACACUAUUUUAGUACUUAAUGAACCAGUCGCCAUGUGUGCUCCUGCUACUAUCUCUCUGGGACUUCUCUUGUUGCUUAACAUCCGGGGGCGAGGCAAAAGAUCCAAAUCGAAGCCUGAGUGAGAAUAACUGGACGUCUUGUGGACCGACGCCGGACCAAUCACUUUCAUAGUGUAAACCACUGUCUUACAAUGUGGGGACUUUUAAGAAGUAUUGUGAGCCUUCUAUCUGUCUAUGUUAACCAUCUUGCUAUUCAGCAAGUCAAAUAUUGCUCAGCUGUUUAUAACUGAGAUUAAAACAAAUUGUCAUACUGCUAAAACGUGCGGAUGAGUGUUUAUAAUCGGAGUACAGAUAAUCAUAUGUUUUCCAAUAAUAAAGCCAUUUAUUUUCAACAAAAA